AUGGCCUCGAUGGCCGCCUCCCCGCGCAAGGACGCGCAUGCCUUUGAUCAGACUUGGGACGCAUCCGACACCGCCUACCUUGACCCGACGUCGCUACCCAUACAAAGACUCCCUCGAGCAUGGGAUCGCAAGCAGGAAGUCAGAAUCGACGGCAACGGGAAGAACAGGAAGAAGAAGGAAAUAUGGCGAAAAUAUGGCACAAGAUCGCGCACAUGCGAUGCAGCUACGAACGAGGACCCAGAAGACGAUCUCAUUAUAUGUCCGAGCUGUAAACUGAUCGAGUACGUAGGGAAGAAAUCCGUAGGAGUGGAAGCCGCAUUGGAAGAGGAAGAGGAAGAGGAAGAGGAGCAAGACACAACGACAACGGAUGUUGGCGACAACAGCUUCUCGGAAAUUAGCUUUGGCAAUGUGAGGGCAGCGACACAAGAGGUAGCACUGUUGCCCGAGGGCGAAGAUCGGAGAGCAACAUUUACUUUCCUCUUCAACGAGAACGGCGAUGUGGCAGAUCGAGAGGCCGCGGACGAUGCUCCGGCUCCCACUCCGCCUAGAGCUCUCACCCACGCCGAGCCCAUGGAACAAGACGCGAUUAUCACGCGAGGCUUUCAAAUUUCUCACAAGACUCCUACCGAAGGAUUGAUGUCCAUCCAACCCCUGAGCUACCCCGAGCUACCUUCUAUGCCUGCCUCUGAAGAUGACGCCGUCGAUGCGAACGACCAAAACCAUAUGGCGAAAGAAGUGCCAGAACGACAUGUUAACGAGGACUCUGUCUCAGCGCAAACUGGAGAUGACAUAAUGGAUGAGGACACGGCUUUGGAGACGGAGUCUUCGGCUCAACAUGUCAUGGAAGCAGACAUCGAGGCUGCUGCCGAAGGCGUUGCGUGUUCGGCGCUUCCACAGGACUCAGACGUCGAAAAGCCGGCUGACCGUGAUGAUGGUUCCUUAGAACGCGAACAAGCUGUAACUGUAUCGCCUCAGGAGGUGCAAGACCAUUUCGCGAAUUUCGAGCUCGAAGACCGAGAUGAAAACCCGGACGAGAACUUCACAGAAGCGUCCUUGCAAUUCAACAUACAGCAAGACAUGCAGAUGAUGGAGACGCCUUCUUCAGACAACGACAAGUCUGCCCCCAACACGGACAUGGCGGAAGUCGCCGAGGCGAUUGCAACUCAGGAGAAGCUGCCGUCUGAGCUCCCAUUAGCGAUAGACGAUGCCUUGGACGAUAUCACCUCAGGACUGACCCUUGGACCAGCACCUUCAUCACGGGAACCGACGCCACGGAAGCUGCGAUCGCCCUCACCGCCUCCGCGUACUGCGAGCGGACCGGACGACGCGACGAUGACUUUCGCUUUCGAUGACGAUACGGCGUUGUUGAAGGAUUUCCUUUGUCGAGCAGCAGCCAGCAAGGCGAACAAGGCUGAGAACAUGACGCGACGCGAAUCUCUACAAAAUCGUCGCGACUCUGAUGUCGUACGGCAUGCUCUCGCAUCGCCUCGCAAGGCACUUGAAGAUAAGGACCCGAACUCUCCUUCAAAGUAUGACAAUGAGACGACAUCGAAUCUUUCUCAGACACUUACGCUCGACAUGGAGUCAACCGCCCCAUUGUCUCCCGGUAAGGUUCAAAAGACAGCAGAGACAGAUGAUGUUGACGAUCCCAAAGCGGAACGCACGUCGAGACGCUCAUCACGAGCACGCAAUUCACGUCUCCCUGCGCCUUCAUCGCUCCCAACGGGUCCACCAAAGAUAUCUGUCAAACGUGACGGCGGCGACCCAGUCGUCCUCAAGAAGACCGACGCGCAAGAGCUAAGCUUACUCACUCGGGUCAAUACGCGCAAGAACAAGCAAAACGCUGUCGCCGUCAACGUUCGCCUUUUGAAGCUCUCAAACGAUGCUCGAUCUACAGAAGUCGCCAGCACCCCCGAAUUGUCAGAGAGAGUGGUCCAAGUGCCUGGGAAGAAGUACGUCCGCUGGGACUCCCAGCUUGCGUACUUUCAAGAAAGAAUUCAGGCUAUCGCUGACGCACUUGCGGAUGCAGAGUCUCUCGCUACGCCCGACGAGCUCAGCACGGCACCUCCAGCCGCGAAGCCAACCCGAGUGAAGGUAGUGCCGAAGGUGAACAAGGACGCGACGCCCAGGGUACGCAAGGUCAAGAAUCUGGGCUCCAAAAACGGGACGCCUGGAAAGGGGUUGUUCACUCCGGCGUCGUUGCUUCCAGAUACGAUGCUGGCCGACAAAGAAGAGUUGGAGGAGAAGCAGCGGGUACCCAAGCCGAAGACCAGCAGAAUCAGAAAGACGUCGAUGGCGGGUACAGAUACGGCCUCCGCGCCCGCAUGGGUAGAGUCGAAACUCCCCGUGCUGGAGGUCGCACCUGUCGGUAUCGACCCUACUAAAGCCUCUUCAAAAGAACGCAAGAGCAGACUGGCGACGCCGAGGAAAGUCAAGCUACCUCAGCUUUCAUCUACGGCAGCAGGAGAUGGAAAGGAGAACCAAGGGAAGGGUAUUGCGGCGGCUACGCCUAAGAAGGGCAUCCCCAUGCCGUCUGUGGUUGUGGCUCCGAAGAUCGAGAUGCCUGCGGUCGCAACGGGCUUGCCACGCAGGAGAGCGAGGAAGGUGUAG